CGAUUUAGUUGAGAUUGUGCUGCGCACGGGAGAGCCACGGUAUCAUAAGCGUUGCAAUCGCCCGCAGUCACCAAUGAUCGGCAUGAUCGGACACGUAAAAAAACUCAGCGUCGUCGGCGGGAGUAUCGUCGUCCUAGUUAUUUUGGUCGUAAUCAUAACGCACAAUCUCAAAGCCAACAGUAGGACCAACAGAUACGUCAGCGAGUCGCCGCUUGGUAUUUACAAAAAUGCCGCGGUGGCGACGAAUGGACCGCCUUGCGCGGAAAUCGGCUCGGACAUACUCAAACGCAAUGGAUCGGCAGUGGACGCGGCGAUCGCGACGCUGCUCUGCGAAGGUCUUGCUUCCCUGCACAGUAUGGGCCUGGGCGGAGGAUUUUUGAUGACCAUCUACGACGCCUCUACCAAUAAAUCGGAGUUCUUGGACGCUCGAGAAACUCAUCCAAAUAUUCCAAAUUACAAGAUGAGUACUGUUUCAAAAAAACUUUCAGGAGGCCUAUCGAUCGCCGUUCCCGGCGAACUUUUGGGAUACUGGGAGGCGCACCAGAAGUACGGCAGACUGCCCUGGAGAGACCUGUUCACCGGCGCGAUCGAACUGUGCGACACCGGCGUCGUGGUUAACAAGUACCUGGAGACGAGCCUCAAGGGCAAGGAGAGCUUCAUCCGCGACGAGAAGAACAACCUCGCCGACAUCCUUAUCAACCCGGAGACCAAGCAAGUAUACUCCGCUGGCGAGAGGAUGAAGAUGCCGCAGCUGAAGGAGACGCUGAUGAUCCUGGCCAACUCCUCGAACCCCGUGGAGCUCUUCUACAACGGGUCCAUGAGGGACGCCCUGGUCAGCGAGAUCCGAGACGCGGGGGGCAUCGUCACUCCCGAGGACUUUUCCAACUACAGGGUCAACUGGACGGAGCCGCUCGUGGGAAAAAUCGGCAACGUGACGGUGUACACGGCACCGCCGCCCGGCUCGGGGGCACUGCUCGUUUUCAUGAUGAACGUCCUCCAGGGCCUCGUGCCCGCUAACGACGAGAACGUCAUGUGGCAACGCAUCAUCGAGACCUUCAAGUGGGCCUACGCCAAGCGCACCGAGCUCGGCGAUCCCCACUUUGUUGACGUUGAUAGCCUCCUGAAGAAGUUGACGUCGCAGGAUUUCACGGAUUCCAUAAGGUCGGAAAUUAAGGACAACAGGACGUCGAAUGAUCCGGAAUUUUACGGCGCCGUGACGUCAAACGUGGAGGACCACGGGACCGCGCACGUGUCUGUCUUGGCCGCCGACGGCUCGGCCGUGUCUGUCACGUCGACCAUCAAUCAGGUUCUGGGUUCCAAGCUUCGAUCCAGGUCGACGGGAAUCAUUUUCAACGACGAGAUGGACGAUUUUAGCUCGCCGAAUAUGACCAACGGCUUCGAUCUGCCGCCGUCGCCCAACAACUACAUCCAGCCCCUCAAGAGGCCAAUCAGCUCUAUGACUCCCACGAUAGUGGUGAACGAGAAUAACAAGGUUCAACUAGUCAUUGGUGCUGCCGGUGGAUCAAAAAUAACAACGUCUGUGGCUACGAUUAUGUUGCUUCACUUGUACAACAAUUACAACAUCAAAGAAGCCAUCGACGCUCAUCGGAUUCAUCACCAACUAUUUCCAAUGAAAGUGCAAAACGAGAAGGAAUUCCCAGAGUCGAUUUUGAAGUUCUUGGAGGACAUCGGCCACAACAUCACCGAGUAUUCUGGAAUCGGAAGUGCAGUCACGGCCAUAUCGAAGAUAGGUAAUCGAAUAACGGCCAAUUCGGAUUAUCGGAGGCAAGGAAAGACGGCUGGUUACUGAAUCACGACCACGGAGUCGGCAUGAAGUCGACUUGUUUGAUA